AUGGUAACUUCAAUGGUGGUUCAGGAUGAGGAAGUGGCUAACAAUCCUGAGACACAAUUUGCGAAUGUAUUACAAGGAUAUCAAUUAAAUAACCAAAAGGAUAUCUUUGAAAUAAUUGGCAAUUUUAAAUCUAUCUGUGCAUUAAAUGCUUUGCUGGUUGGUGAAAAACUUAGUGAAGAAGAGCCAAAUAGUGAGCUUCAAGAAGAAUUUGAGAAUUGGGAUUUGGAAACGAAAUUAUGGCACUUAGUUGAGAGCUUGUACUCAUUCAGACUCAGCAUUUCGGAAGAGCCAUAUAAAGAAUAUCCAUUUUCUUCGCUAUCAGUUAAACAAGAGAACUUUUUGAGAAAGAAUCCUAAAGUUAGGGAGAUAUCUCUCAUGAUUCAUUGGUUACAGACUAAUUCAAAGUCUAUAGAUUUUGAUGAUUCGGAUGUUUCUAGUGGAAAAUGGCAAAAUACAAGACAAGCAAUUCAAAACAAAGAUCUCGAAGUUUUAACACAUAAUGGAAAACAAUCAGAUAAUAUUGUGGAUUAUUUGGAUUCAGAUUCUCCACUAAGGUCGGGAAAGAGAAUUCUUCCAGUUGACAAUGAUACCGACUCAAGAUCAUUUUAUUUGAUAUAUAAGUUGGUUCUUGCCAACAGAAUUCAGGAAGCCAUAGAUUAUGCUAACCUUACAGGAAACUUCACUCUAGCAUUGAUUUUAAUUGGUGCUAUUCAAGAUUACGUUGAUCCUGUUAUUGACCAAGAAUUUAUAAACCCCCCUCUGAAUUCCGAUAAUAUGUUCUUGGAUAGUCUAAAUAACGGAAAGUCAGAAGAUGAUUCACCAUUCGUCUCUAAGCCUUCAGGUAUUAGACACAAGCUAUUGUGGAAGAAAACAGUCUAUAAGUUAUCUCAACAACCUAACUUAAAUCGUAAUGAAAAGUUAAUUUAUAAUUAUUUGAGUGGUGGAAAUAUAGCAUUAAAUUUGGAAGAUUCUUCAGAUAAUUGGGAAGAAUACCUUUUACUAUACUUGAAUCAGUUGUAUAUACAUAAUUUGGAAUCUUUCGUAGUUUCCAGCUUGCCAAAAAACCUACUUGAAGAUGAGACUUUAUCCCUUGCUGUUCCUAAACCUCAAUUUUCAAGUGUCGACGAUAUUUUGAAUGCAUUACUGAAAUCUGAAAAUGAAGUUGCAGAAAAAAGUACACAUCCUCUUCGAAUAAUAAUGGGUGGAAUAAUGAUUAAUCAAGUGUCUACAUUGAUACAUAACAUUAUUCGCUCAUUGAGCAAUGCAAGCAAGGAUAGUGAUUCUGACUCAAUAAUAUCUAAAAGUCAUCUUCUUAGGGUUGUAACACACUUAGCAAUCUUUGAAUUAAUUGCUGAAGAAAGAAAUAACGUUAAUGUCAAAGAUAUUACAAAGGUCAUGACACUUUAUGUAUCCAAGUUAUCAGAGAUGAAGUUGGCGGAAUUGAUUCCAAUUUAUUUGUCAUUUAUCUCUGAUGAAAAAGAUGCAAGGGAGUGCUACUCCUUGUUUUUGUCUUCAAUCACAGAUACCGAAGAACGUUCGAAACAGAUCGCAAUUGCCAAAAAAUUUAGUAAUAUCACAACCCCCAUUGGAGAAGACUUGCUGGUUCAUUCGGACACUGGAUAUAAUGAAGAUAAAAUGUUCAACAUUUUAAGAAGAACUGUGGAAAGAGUGAUGAUAGAAACUGAGCCUCAUUAUAAGCAAUCUUCUAAUGUCAUAGUACACGAUGAUAUAUCCAAGGUGGAUGAUGCCGAUUACAAAUUAUACCGUUCUGUUGAAUGGUUUUUUGAAAACUCUAUGCAUGAGGAUGCAAUUUCAGCAUCCAUUACUAUCAUGCGUAGGUUUUUAUUGUGCGGCAAAGUAUCUUCUUUAAAACAAUUUGGAAAAGAUAAGAAUUUCAAACAAUUAAUCAAAGAGUACGAUCUCGAAGCGCACAUAAAUUCAAUCAGUUCUCCUAAUGUAUCAUUUAUUGUUAGUGAAGAUGACAAGGAAGAGCUUUUAAAUUAUGAAUCAUUGAUUCUGGGUCUAUUAUUGAUAGAUGAUUGGAAACAAUUCUUGAAGGAUAAUAAGAUAAAUGGUGUGUUAUCGAAAAUAACUCCAAAUUCGUUUUGGAAAUCCAAUCAUAUAAACAACUCCAUUGAAAAAGUCACUAAUACAUUAACAAAAUUAAUAUUCCAGUGGCUUUCUGAUUUAAUAGCAUCUGCCUCAAAAGGUAGAGAAUUAUUUAAAGAGUUGCGAAUUAUAUAUGUACCAUACUUGAUUAUGGAAUUGUUGCAAAUUUAUCAGUAUUCAAGAUUAAAUAAUUGGUCGUACAUGCGCAGGGCUUUGAAAUUAGUUACAGAAGUUGCUAAUGAAGACGAAAAUGAUUUCUUGAAUUGUUUUGUUAGUUGCGGAAGAUUGGAUGAAUUUCUUGUUAGAUGCGGAGAAAUUUCUGUCAUUGCAAGUGAAAGAGGUAUAAAAGGAAUAUUUCAUUAG